GUUAUGAUGAAGAGGGGCGGUGAUUAUGUGCAACAGGGACUAUUUAUCAAAUCCCAUCAGCCCUUCCCCUCCCUCCGUGCCCCAUUUAAAAAAAACGAACGGCCUCUAAAAAGACGCAAACGCGUUGAGAUAUAUCUGUGAAUGAAUCGCAAUGUGAAGGAGGAAGGCCAUGGAAACUGAUCAAGUAGAACGAACAAAAUAGCUUGAGUAUGUGAGCCAGUGGAUAUUUUCAGCAAAGGGAAUAAGCAUUGAAUUUAAGAUUUCUCCUGACAAAGAAAUCUUAGCCCAAAAAAGCCACUUAGAGUGGAGGCGCUCUGGGGACGAGUCGUCAUAAUUCUAGGCGCCUGCGAUCUGAUUAAACAGCGAUCUUAUCCUUCCAGAUACCAGUCUUACUCAUCUAUCAGUAUCAGCUAGUGCCCGGCAACUGCGAUUUUUAGAAGGUAGAGCUGCCAUAUACAAUACCAACAACAGUAACUCUUGAAGCGGAAAGCGCAUUCUUUACCAAUAGUGGCAGAAGCCAAUAUUCAAUUGCGUCACGCUAUUGUAUUUCGGGAUUCGUUCGCAGCCGGUUCGAAGUCGUGCAAAGAACUUCACAGCUAUCAGCGCGCGAAGUACUCAGCUGUUUUUCCAUUCUCCUUGGAAGAUGUGGCCGUGGAAAUCUUCAAAUCAUUAUCCAGAAUACAAGCAUGCAUCAGAUAAUUCUAAGUAUUACCCCCAUCCUCACCUUGGGCUCCAAGUGUCACGCCGGAUGAUGCAGCUCAUGAUUGGAUGCCUGUGCUUUGGUGUAUUAUUGAUCUUAGUCAAUAUCUAUCAGCUGCGGAGUUUGAAUGUUGGGCUGUCUGUGGGUGACCCAGAGUUUGGUAGUUCAAGUAGACCCGUUGUUUGGAUGAAUGCCAAGAAUCUAAGAUCUGGCUAUUUGAAGCAUGUGAUGGCAGUGUUUAGUCGUAUUGGUUACACCAGGACAGAGGCACGGAGUCGCUUGUUUGAUGUGAUGUGGACCCAUGAUUACCCGUUUGGUGGAGAUCUGAAAGAAAUGCUGCAAACUUUAGAACCUCAUCAAAAGAUUAACCAUUUUCCAGGCUCUGGAUAUAUAACAAACAAAGUUAGCCUGGCUGUGAACCAUUUUCAAUUUAUUCCUCCAGCAUUUGUGAUUCCAAAGGACACUCAGAAGUUUUUAGAAGAAGUGAAAAAUCACCCUCAAAAAUUGUGGGUGGAAAAGAGUAAUAAUCAUAGAGGAAUACACAUCAAAUUGCCAAAAGGUAUGUGGCAAUAUUUAUUAACUUCCAUUAACCAUUUUCCAGGCUCUGGAUAUAUAACAAACAAAGUUAGCCUGGCUGUGAACCAUUUUCAAUUUAUUCCUCCAGCAUUUGUGAUUCCAAAGGACACUCAGAAGUUUUUAGAAGAAGUGAAAAAUCACCCUCAAAAAUUGUGGGUGGAAAAGAGUAAUAAUCAUAGAGGAAUACACAUCAAAUUGCCAAAAGAUAUUGAUCUCAGCAAGGGAUCUGAUCAGAAUUUUGUCCAGGAGUACAUUGCUAACCCAUUUCUUGUUGAUGAACGAAAGUUUGACAUUGGCAUUUACACAGUCCUUACAUCCAUUGAUCCUCUCAGAGUUUAUGUUUAUGACCAGGAAGUUCUCAUCAGAUAUUGUCAGAAGGACUAUUACCCUUUUGACCCAAAUGAUGAACAGAAGUACGUCGUGGAAGAUUCAUACACCCAGCCAUGGGAGUUGCCAUCUCUGAGGGAAUUAUGGCAUAAUGGAAAGUUCAGCCGCAAGAUGCUGCUUAACGCCUAUCUGCAACAGCAAGGUAAAGAUGUAGAUAAGAUGUGGAAUGAUGUUUACAGGGCCAUUGCUGAGGUUUAUUUAAGAAAGGAACCAGACCUUAUUAGUGCAUCCUCAAGCUACAAAUCCACCAGAAACUUCUUUGAGAUGGUGCGUUUUGAUUUCAUAUUGGACUCGGACUUGAAAGUCUGGCUCAUGGAGGUGAAUAUGUCUCCUAAUCUGUCGUCAGCAGCGCAUUCAGAUAAUAAACUGAUGUACGAACAGGUUGUAUUCAACCUUCUUGGUUUAGUAGGAGUAGCAACUAAACUGGAUCAUAGCUUGAAGUACAGUUCGCCAUCUGAAAAAGAAAUGCUAGUAAACGAUCAAGACAUCCAAGUGUUGUACGAAACCUGUUCAAGUAAGGAAUGCACCAAGGCCUGUAUCAAAGAGAUCUGCCGUCUGUGUUAUCCUUGUCUUAGAGAGAAUGAACGUGAAUUUAUUAAAGCCGCGUAUUUAGAGCACAUUCACAGAGGAAACUUCCGCAGAGUGUACCCUCCUGCCAUGACUCAAACAGGAGAAGCGAAGAAAGACAGUCCUCAAUUAAGUCUUAGUUCUUCUAAUCAAUUAAUGUUUCAGUGGUUUCAAGCCAUGUGUCUACAAGACAUCACGUGGUGCAAUGUAAAUUCAUACAUUUUUAUUUUUGUUAUUUUCCAGGUUUAUUUAAGAAAGGAACCAGACCUUAUUAGUGCAUCCUCAAGCUACAAAUCCACCAGAAACUUCUUUGAGAUGGUGCGUUUUGAUUUCAUAUUGGACUCGGACUUGAAAGUCUGGCUCAUGGAGGUGAAUAUGUCUCCUAAUCUGUCGUCAGCAGCGCAUUCAGAUAAUAAACUGAUGUACGAACAGGUUGUAUUCAACCUUCUUGGUUUAGUAGGAGUAGCAACUAAACUGGAUCAUAGCUUGAAGUACAGUUCGCCAUCUGAAAAAGAAAUGCUAGUAAACGAUCAAGACAUCCAAGUGUUGUACGAAACCUGUUCAAGUAAGGAAUGCACCAAGGCCUGUAUCAAAGAGAUCUGCCGUCUGUGUUAUCCUUGUCUUAGAGAGAAUGAACGUGAAUUUAUUAAAGCCGCGUAUUUAGAGCACAUUCACAGAGGAAACUUCCGCAGAGUGUACCCUCCUGCCAUGACUCAAACAGGAGAAGCGAAGAAAGACAGUCCUCAAUUAAGUCUUAGUUCUUCUAAUCAAUUAAUGUUUCAGUGGUUUCAAGCCAUGUGUCUACAAGACAUCACGUGGUGCGCUUAACUUGUUAGCUUUCAGUUGUAAUCUCUAGCAGAAUUUAAAUAAUUCAAUAAUUGCCGUUUUGUAUUUAAUGCACAUUCGAUCCUCAUGGUUAGAAGUAUCGAUAUUUCUGAAAAUUUCAGCGUUAGGUAAUUUUUGUGUCAAAGGAUUAUUUCAACUUGAAAGCGAUUCGUACUCUUCCAAAAUGGCUUCCUCCACGGGGUGACAUUGGGAAUCAAUGACUCCAUAUCAAGCUACUCGCCUGAACUUGUUAAACUUGCCCCACUUGAUGGACGCUGUUGUGGAAUACUGUUUUGUAAUAGUGGGUGGAUCAUCCACCGUUGUAAUAACUAACUUAUGUUCUGGUCAAUUGAGAAAA